GGACAUAGUGGCAUUUACGGGAAUGAACAAGCUGACAAACUUGCAUAUUUAAAUUCAAAAAACCCAGAUGUUAAAUUGAAUUUACCAGAAUGUGAGGGACCCAAUCAAAAAUUCGUAUCAAAUAAUAUUAACAAACAACAACCUACGAUAAGCAAUUGCGAGGCUAGCGGACACAUAACUGAAUAUAUUCAAAUCAAAUUGAGCGAUAAGCAAAAUGCUCUUCUUGACAAAGAACAUCGAGAAUUUCUUAAGCGGCAUAAAUUUGUUCUCG